CGCUUUUCUGCGUUGCACAAAACAAUGCCCACGACCAGCUGAGCACAAGCAUGACCUGGAGCUCAGUCAGCCUUAGUCUGCUCGACAGUUUCUGGUUAUUUCUGGCUCUGUGUUUCCUUGUGGCUUUUGCCGCUCACAAAGCCUCAGCUCAUCUGUCGCGAGGCUACCGGAAGUCCAGCUUGUUUACGUUGUUUCAGGAUCUGAUUCGCUACGGGAAAACCAAACAGAAGCUGCACCGAGCAGAGUGGCUGCGAGUGUUUGACGUCCCGAAACGGUGGUUCUGGCACUUUUACGCCAUCUCUGUUUGCUGGAAUGUUUUCCUGCUGCUGUCGUCUUUUGCCUUCCUCUACCAGCUGCAGUCUUACCCACCGUGGCUGACUGGGAUGCUGGAGAUGUUAACAGGUGUGCCCUCCUCCGGCGGCCAAGCCCCGCAGCCGUCCACGGUCCUGGUGCAGCUGCUGCUGUGCGUCCACUCCCUCAGGAGGCUGCUGGAGUGUCUGUUUGUCAGCGUGUUUUCUGAUGGGGCCAUGCAUCUGGUGCAGUAUUUGUUCGGUCUGGGGUAUUACGUUGUGCUGGGAUUGACUGCGCUUUGCUCGGAUCGCAUGGCAGAAGGUCCUGGCUCCUUUCGCUCUCAGUUGGAUUGGAUUCAUCUGGCUGGGUUUGUCCUCUUCAUCAUGGCCUCUCUGCUGCAGCAUCGGUCUAUGGUCCUGCUGGCCAGACUUCGCAAAGGAAAGUCAGGAAGAGUAGAGACUCUGGCUCACACCGUGCCAGAGGGAGGCUGGUUCGAGCUGGUUUCAUGCCCACAUUACUUUGCUGAGCUGCUGAUUUACAUCUCACUGGGCUUCGUUCUGGGCGGACUCUCAUUCACCUGGUGGCUCGUGGUCCUUUAUGUGUUCUUCAACCAGGCACUGGCUGGACAGCUUUGUCACGACUUUUACAUUAGCAAGUACGAGUCGUACCCAAAGCACAGAAGAGCAUUUAUACCUUUUGUGCUCUGAGCGGUCUGGAGCGCUAAAUGGAGAGCAUGCACUGAUAUUUAGAGAAAACACAAGAAAUAAACCUUUGAUUAGUGUUGUUGUUACAGUCA